AUAUGUCUAACCUACUAUUAUUUCACUUGAAUUCCCCACUAUUCCACCUCCAUAAAUAUUCAAUUUUUCUUAUAUCAUAACAGAAAGUAGCAUACAAAUAGUCUUUCACUAAUAUUAAAAAAGAAGAAAUGAUGAAUCACGAUACAGAAUCACAUGUGAAAAUUUCAAGAACUAUUUAUCGAGGAGUAUCACCAAGUACAACAAGACUUGAGAGUCGAGUACGUGAAUUAGAAGAUCUUUUGGAUUUAGAACGUGAUGCAAGAGUUCGAGCUGAACGACAUGCUGCUGAUUUAGGUUUUCAAGUUGAUGCAUUAUCAGAACGCUUAGAUGAAGCUGGCGGUUCUACAACUCAAACUCAAGAAUUAUUAAAACGUCGUGAAAUGGAAAUUAAUAAACUACGUAAAGAUUUAGAAAAUGCUAAUGCAUCACUUGAAUUAGCUGAAACAUCAAUGAGACGUCGACAUCAAACAGCAUUGAAUGAAUUAGCAUUAGAAGUUGAAAAUUUACAAAAACAAAAAGGAAAAGCUGAAAAAGACAAAAGUCACUUGAUCAUGGAAGUGGAUAAUGUUCUAGGACAAUUAGAUGGUGCGCUAAAAGCUAAGCAAUCAGCUGAAUCGAAAUUAGAAGGAUUGGAUAGUCAAUUAAAUCGUUUAAAAUCAUUAACAGAUGAUUUACAAAGACAAUUAACCGAAUUAAAUAAUGCAAAAUCAAGAUUAACAUCAGAAAAUUUUGAAUUAUUACAUAUAAAUCAAGAUUAUGAAGCGCAAAUUUUAAAUUAUUCAAAAGCGAAAUCAUCACUUGAAAGUCAAGUUGAUGAUUUAAAACGAUCUUUAGAUGAUGAAGCUAAAAAUCGUUUCAAUCUUCAAGCUCAGCUUACAUCACUUCAAAUGGAUUAUGAUAAUUUACAGGCUAAAUAUGAUGAAGAAAGUGAAGAGGCCAGUAAUUUGCGUAGUCAAGUAUCUAAGUUCAACGCUGAUAUUGCUGCAUUAAAAUCUAAGUUUGAACGUGAAAUUAUGAGUAAAACAGAAGAAUUCGAGGAAAUGAAGAGGAAAUUAACUAUGAGAAUCACUGAACUUGAAGAUACUGCAGAGAGAGAACGAUUAAAAGCGGUAUCAUUAGAAAAACUUAAAACAAAGUUAACAUUAGAAAUUAAAGAUUUACAAUCCGAAAUAGAAAGCCUUUCAUUAGAAAAUGGUGAAUUAAUUCGUCGAGCUAAAACUGCUGAAUCAUUAGCUUCUGAAUUACAACGUCGUGUAGAUGAACUUACAAUUGAAGUGAAUACAUUAACAUCACAAAAUAGUCAAUUAGAAGGUGAAAAUCUUCGUUUAAAAAGUUUAGUGAAUGAUUUAACUGAUAAAAAUAAUUCAUUAGAACGUGAAAAUCGUCAAAUGAAUGAUCAAGUCAAAGAAUUAAAAAGUUCACUUCGUGAUGCUAAUCGUCGUCUUACUGAUUUAGAAGCAUUAAGAUCACAAUUAGAAGCUGAAAGAGAUAAUCUUGCUUCAGCUUUACAUGAUGCUGAAGAAGCUUUACAUGAUAUGGAUCAAAAAUAUCAAGCUUCACAAGCUGCAUUAAAUCAUUUGAAAUCUGAAAUGGAACAAAGGCUCAGAGAAAGAGAUGAAGAAUUAGAAAGUCUAAGAAAAAGUACUACACGAACAAUUGAAGAAUUAACUGUUACAAUUACUGAAAUGGAAGUGAAAUAUAAAUCAGAAUUAUCACGUUUAAAAAAACGUUAUGAAUCUAAUAUAGCUGAAUUAGAAAUUCAAUUAGAUACUGCUAAUAAAGCAAAUGCAAAUCUUAUGAAAGAGAAUAAAAAUUUAUUACAACGUGUUAAAGAUUUAGAAACAUUUUUGGAUGAAGAACGUCGUCUUCGUGAAGCAGCAGAAAAUAAUUUACAAAUUACUGAACAUAAACGUUUACAAUUAGCAAAUGAACUUGAAGAAAUACGUAGUACAUUAGAAAAUUUAGAACGUUUACGUAAACAUGCUGAAACAGAACUUGAAGAAGCUCAAUCACGUGUUAGUGAAUUAACUAUACAAGUGAAUACAUUAACUAAUGAUAAACGUCGUCUUGAAGGUGAUAUUAGUGUAAUGCAAGCUGAUAUGGAUGAUGCUAUUAAUGCUAAACAGGCUUCUGAAGAUAGAGCAACUAGAUUAAAUAAUGAAGUUCUACGUUUAGCAGAUGAACUACGCCAAGAACAAGAAAAUUAUAAACAUGCUGAAGCUUUAAGAAAACAACUUGAAAUUGAAAUUCGUGAGAUUACAGUAAAAUUAGAAGAAGCUGAAGCAUUUGCUACUCGUGAAGGUCGUCGUAUGGUUCAAAAAUUACAGGCACGUGUACGUGAACUUGAAGCAGAAUUUGAUGGUGAAUCAAGAAGAUGUAAAGAUGCAUUAGCUCAAGCACGUAAAUUUGAACGUCAAUAUAAAGAAUUACAAACACAAGCUGAAGAUGAUCGUCGUAUGGUACUAGAACUUCAAGAUUUAUUAGAUAAAACUCAAAUGAAAAUGAAAGCAUAUAAACGUCAAUUGGAAGAAAUGGAAGAAGUUUCACAAAUUACAAUGAACAAAUAUCGUAAAGCACAACAACAAAUUGAAGAAGCUGAACAUCGUGCAGAUAUGGCUGAACGUACAGUAACUGUACGUCGUGUUGGUCCAGGUGGACGUGCUGUUUCCGUAGCACGUGAAUUAUCUGUUACUUCAAAUAGAGGAAUGAGAGCAACAAGUAUGAUGUAAAGCACUUAAAUAAUAAUGCACACACACACACACACGCCUAUAUGUUUCUAUUUUCGUUUUCCUCAUCUUCGCUUCGUUUAGCCAAUAAUAUCUAUCUAAUGAGGAAAUUAUCAAUAAUGACUUAUUAUUAUUAUUAUUAUUAAUUACUAUCCAAUGUGCUUUACUUCAUUUCCACCCCCCCUAAAUCUCCUCGAUAUGUUGCUGUUGUUGUUGGUGGUUUUUUCCUUUUUCUUUCUUUCUCUUUUUUAAAGUCCUAAAGUGAAAGACGAAAAAGAAAAAAACAGAACGGUUUCAGAGAAAAAAACUGAAACUAAACUACUACUACUACUGGUACUACUACUACUACUGAUAAACAAUAAGUAUUUUAUUUGUUUAUAACUAGCUUACAAAUAACCUAGGCAUGAAUUGUUUUGUUUGUUUUUUCUUUAUUAUUGACAAUUAUUGUCUGUUUGAAACAACAACAACAACAACAACAACAACAAGAACAACAAACACUGUUACCCUGGUUACUAUCUCUAUUAUUAGCAUAAAUAAUAAUAACAACCAAUUCUUAAUUGCUAUUUUCCCUUCAACUAAUUCAUUUGAAAUUUCGUUCCAAUAUUUCAAAAAAUUGGAUGAUUUUAAUAUUCAAUGAAAAACAAACAAACAAACAAACAGACAAACAAACCAGUAUGUAUUGAUUACUCUUUUUUUGUUUUGUUUUGUUUUGUUUUACCUUUUUUUCUUCAAACAAAUAAUAAUCAUCAUUUCAAAUUCAUCUGUAUUAUUAAAUGAUCAAGGAAUGAUUUUAAAACAUAUAGUUACUUGAAUAUUCUUUCCAUCAUUGGAAUAAAUGAAUAAGAAAAUAGUUAUAUAAUAAUUGUUUGUUUUAUUAUUUCAAUCAAAUGAAAUGUUUUCAUAAUAAACAAAUAAACAAACAAACAAAAAAAAAAGAAAAAAAACAGGGAAAAGAAAAAAAGAUUCAAAUAAAUUAAACAUCAAUAAUCAAGAUAGUAACUAUCAAUUACACACACAUAUAUAAAAGGUUAAUUCUAUUUAUCUUUCAAAAUGGUUACUGUUCUUAUUAUCACUUAUUAUUAUUAUUAUUAUGAUUGAUUAUCGAUUAUUGAUUAUUCUUUCUUUUGGUUGUUGUUUCAUUGGUUAUUCUUUUACAAAUUACAAAAAUUGAUUCCUUGUUUUACGCUUCAUUUCUUUCUCUCUAUUUUGCCUCCCCCCCUACAUACAUACCUACCCACAUACCUACAUACCUACAUACAUACACACAUAUAUACAUACAUACAAGCGAACUGAAAAUUAUCAGGAAAAUUAUUAUUUAUGUCAUGUACAACUAAAAUAGUUAUUGCUUUUGACCUUGUUAGUUUGUGUGUUUUCUUUUUUAAAUAAAAAAAUAUUUUUACCAAUUUGUUUACUCUUCUCACAUUUUCUCUUUCUUUUUCUUCUUCUUCUUCUUCUUCUUCUUCUUCUAUGUCCUUUUAUUCUUUCAUUUAUUGUACUAUUCAUAUUACUACUAUCGUUAUUACUAUUAUUAUUAUUAUUACCUAACCAAUGGUUUGAACUACGAAUAUUUCCCAUAUUUCUAAAGAAAUAAAGUAAAACCUUUCAAAAACAAGUAUCUGUGCAAUCGUAAUAGAUAAUCUUUAUUUAUUGAUUAGAUCCUUUGUUGUUUUAUUUUCAUCAAUUCUUUAGAUACUAUUACUAUACUACUACUAAUGAAGAUAAGUAGUAUUUUCACUUUAUAUUAAAUAGGAAUUAGAUAGAUAUUAUUCAUUCAUAGUCAAUUGGAUUUAGAUCAAAUAGAUUGG